AUGCGGUAUGCAGUCCAUCUGUUCAUCCUUCCUCUCAUCACAUACCGAGAAGGAGAUCUCUUUGCAACCCGCACUUCAUCCACCUCUGGUUUCUCGGUUACUAACAAAGUGCGCCUGGCGCAGGUAAAGAUUCGGAGGAAGAAGAAUGUCAAGAAGGGAAUCCAGUUCUGUCUCAUGGUUUGCGGUGCAAGCGGAACUGGUCGAACCACCUUCGUCAAUACUCUCUGUGGGAAGCGAGUCCUUCAGCCUAAAGACGCCGAUGAUGCAGCCAACGCCCACAUUGAAGAAGGAGUAAGAAUCAAGCCGGUGACACUAGAGCUUGAGCUGGAUGAGGAGGGCACCCGUGUCUCCCUGACCAUUGUCGACACCCCGGGUUUCGGUGACCAGAUUGACAACGAAUCCGCUUUCAGCGAAAUUGUUGGUCAUCUCGAGCGCGGCUACGAUGAUAUUCUCGCAGAGGAAUCUCGUAUCAAGCGAAACCCUCGCUUCAGAGACAACCGUAUUCACGCCCUCCUCUACUUCAUCACUCCCACGGGCCACGGUCUUCGGGAAUUGGACAUCGAACUGAUGAAGCGUCUUUCUCCUCGUGUCAAUGUCAUCCCUGUCAUUGGCAAGGCUGAUUCCCUGACCCCUUCUGAAUUGGCCGAGUCAAAGAAACUGGUCAUGGAAGAUAUUGAACAUUAUCGCAUACCGGUUUACAAUUUCCCCUACGAUAUCGAAGAAGAUGACGAGGACACCGUGGAAGAGAAUGCAGAGCUACGUGGUUUGAUGCCGUUUGCCAUUGUCGGGUCAGAGGACGUGAUCGAAGUUGGCGGUCGACGAGUCCGCGCAAGACAGUAUCCAUGGGGCAUUGUGGAAGUCGACAAUCCCCGUCACUCAGACUUCCUGGCCAUCCGUAGCGCUCUCCUGCACUCUCAUCUCGCCGAUCUCAAAGAGAUUACCCACGACUUCUUGUACGAAAACUACCGUACCGAAAAACUCAGCAAGAGCGUGGACGGAGGUGUCUCGGCGCAAGACUCGUCGAUCAACCCCGAGGACCUAGCCAACCAAUCGGUCCGCCUCAAGGAAGAACAGCUGCGCCGCGAGGAGGAGAAGCUGCGGGAGAUCGAGGUCAAGGUUCAACGUGAAAUCAACGAGAAACGACAAGAGUUGUUGGCGCGCGAGUCUCAAUUACGUGAAAUCGAAGCCCGCAUGCAGCGUGAGCAGAGCUUGGGUGCGGAAGAGAGCCUCAACGGUCACGGCCAUUCGGAUGCAUAA